GGCUGGUGGCUGCUAGGCAACCGGAAACAGUACAGACCAGAGCUUCCAACUCCUAGACCAGGCGUUGCUCGGUCUUUGGAGACCCCUCCGCAGUCGCUGCUCUAGUCGAACCUGUUACUUGAAAAAUUAAAAUUGCAUAGAAGGCUCUCAAAUUUCUAUUGGCCAGCACUGAACUGGAUUAAGACCUAGAAGUAAGGAUGUCUUUUCAGCCCACAAAUGAUGAAAUCGACCUGGAAGAUACUGAAGAUACUGUAGAAAAUAUUGUGCUUUCAAGACUGAAUAGUAUAAAAGCAAGGGGAAGAAUGAGUUCUGUAAAAUCUGCAGGAAUUGAACCUGAUACACAAACACUGACAUUUAAGCACACCACAAAAGCACAGGAGAGGACAAGAAAACGACAGCAACCUAUAAAACUGGAGCCUCUGCCAGUGCUAAAAGUCUAUCAAGAUCAUCAGCAGCCAGAAUACAUAUAUGAACAGAACCGAUCGCAAUUAAGAACUCGUGGAAUCCUUAAACGAUCACCAAGCUCAGCAGAAAGAAAAUCUAUCAAAUCACCUACUUCAUUUGCUGAGCCUCAAGAUGAUGUGAAAAAAAAGCAGAUCCGUCGAUCCUCUGAAGAGGCAUUCGCUCCUUCUCCUCAAAAACAGCCUCGUACAGGUAUUGGAAGAAGAGGUCUUUUUGGGAGUAGGUCAUCAACUUACCCCACGUAUAUUUUCCAAGACCCGGAAGAAGUCAUUAAAGCUAACAUUCGUGAUCCUUUGCAAAUCAUCAAAAUAAUACGUGAAAAUGAAAAUCUUGGAUUUCUUUAUAUGAUUCCUGCAGUGCCAAAGUCUUCCAUUGAAUACAAUACAUAUAAUCUAAAAGUUGUAGCUUAUGAGAACAUCAAUAAAAACGACUAUUAUACGAUUAGCCAAAAGGCAGUGACACACGUUUACAACGAUGAGAUUGAAUUUAUUGAAAUUGAUCGAUGGGAACAGGAAUACCUAUAUCACAGAGAACUCAUUAAGAUCCCCAUAUUUUCACUUUUCCGGAAAUGGAAGGCUUUUAGCGUAUGGAGGAAGAAUGUACGCUCCACGAAAAUCAAUGAAUGUCGAAAAUCGCUACAAAAAGAUUUGUUCAUUGUUCAUCCUUAUUUGCGACCAGCUCUUCUUAAAAUAAAUGAAUUGUGUUAUCAAUUGAGCUUUAUGGGACUUUAUUAUAUUGAAAAAUGUCACACCUACACCCUGCAGGAGUUCAAGGCUGCACAAGUCGCAAGACUACAAGAGGUGACAGAGCGCCUAGAAGAAUUUCGAAAUGAGGCAAAAGAAGUGGUCAGGAAGGCAUGUCGAUUUGCUUUGCGUGCUGCAGGGUUUGUUCCUGAUGACUGUGCAUUUGAACCUACUGAGACUUGCUAUGCAAAAAUAAGUGGAGUAGGUUUCAGUGAUGUGCUGGUUGAGUUGCCCUCUUAUGGAGAUUCUGAAAAAAUGACAUAUACAGAACAGGCCAGCAAAAGGCAUCAUUGCAUGAGGCUAACAUGCUUUAUCUAUCUAAAUGAUUAUUUAAUUGAGAACACACUGCAUAUAUUAACAGUAAAUUCUGCUAACUCUCUUCUGAAUUAUCUUACUGAUAAACUGAAAAGAACACCUUCAGCAGAUGUCAUUCAGAAAUGGAUUACUGAGGAGAAGCCUGAAGUCACUGACAAAAAGGGGGCUCCUGUAGUGGAAAAGCAGGAAGAAGAUGAGUCUCUUGUUCCCAUGUUCAUCACAGAACUGAUUUUGACAGUCCAGUCACUACUCUUUGAGCCUUCAAUGGAAGAUUUUCUGGAUUGUAUUUCGGAUUCAGUUGAUAAUUUUCAAAACACUGUGUUAUCAGUUCCUAAUCUCGUGCCUGAUACGUAUUUUGAUGCUUUCACCAGCCCUUACAUUAACAACAAACUUGAAGAAAAAACUUGUGGACCUGGGCCAAGUUUAUCAUCUGUGUUUGAUGAUGAUAAGAAUUAUCACAUAAUUGUCUAUCAAAUAAAGGAAACUGUUCAUGCAGCAUUUGAAUCUGCCUACUUAUAUGCAGCUACUUUUGAAAAGAUCCAUUUAUUCUUUAAGGAAAAUGAGAGUCUUGAUUUGCAAGCUCUUAAACUUCAAGAACCUGAUGUUAAGUACUUUAGUGACCAACUGGAAAAAUAUCACAAACAACACAAGGAUGCACUGGCUCUAAAACCCACCAGAAAUGUAGGAUUGCUGCUCAUAGACACCAAGCUGCUAAAAGAAAAAUUAAUUCCAUCACCUUUGCGAUGUUUGGAGGUGCUGAAUUUUAUGCUUCCUCGUUUAAGCAAGAAAAAAGUGGAUGCCAUUAUCUCUGAGGCCCAAGAUGCAGAGUAUAAACUUGAAUUUGUUCCAAGCACUACCAUAGAAUAUGUUAACAGUUUAGUAUUUCUUGAUGAAAUUCAGGAACGGAUUGAAAGCCUGGAAGAUGAAGGGAAUGUAGUGGUUCAAAUGUACAAGCUUAUUGAACAGUAUCAGAUAGCUACACCUCCUGAAGACUUUGCUGUUUUUGCAACUAUGAAGCCAUCCAUUAUUGCUGUUCGGAAUGCCAUUGAUAGAGCAGUGGGUGACAGAGAAACAAGCAUUAAACAAUUUUCUCUGCAUUUGGGUAGAGAUCUUGAAGAUCUAAAUGAAGAAGUGAAUGAAAUAAAGCUGCAAGCACAGGAUCCACAGAUUUUGGAUAUUAACACUGAUCAAGAAAAAAUAAAGAAUAUUUUAAGUGAUCUACAAAGUGUUCUAGAUGAUCUUCAAAAACGUGCCUUUCAAUAUAAAUCCUACCAGAAGAAUUUCAAGGUAGAAGUGUCCAAGUUUGAAGCUUUGGAAGAAGUUAGCGCUGAACUGAAGCUCAAACAAUUGCUUUGGGAGUCUUACUCUGAAUGGGAUAAACUCCAACAAGAAUGGUUAAAGUCCAAAUUUGACUCCCUGGAUCCAGAAUUCCUAAACAGUCAGGUUUCUAAAUAUGCCAAAAUUGUGAAUCAAUUGGAAAAAGGCUUGCCACCCAACAAUGUAGUACCCCAGAUCAAAAGUAAAGUGGAAAAAAUGAAAGAAAAGCUUCCAGUUAUCAUUGACUUGAGGAACCCAACUUUGAAGCCUAGACAUUGGACAGCUAUUGAACAAACCGUUGAUGCCUCCCUGGUGGAUACUGAAAUUCCAUUAACCUUGGAGAGGCUCUCCGAAUUGCAUGUGUUUGAUUUUGGCCAAGAAAUCCAGGACAUAUCUGGACAGGCUUCUGGAGAAGCUUCCUUGGAAAUAAUUCUUAAAAAGGUGGAAGACUCUUGGAAAACAACUGAAUUUGUUGUUCUGCCUCAUCGUGACACUAAAGAUGUAUUUAUCCUGGGAGGCACAGAUGACAUACAGGUCCUUCUUGAUGACAGCACUAUCAAUAUUGCAACCAUUGCCUCAUCACGUUAUGUAGGUCCCCUUAAGGCACGAGUGGAUGAUUGGCAAAAACAACUUGCUUUGUUUAAUCAAACAUUGGAAGAAUGGCUUACCUGCCAAAGAAACUGGCUCUACCUAGAAAGUAUUUUUAAUGCUCCAGAUAUUCAGAGGCAAUUGCCUGCAGAGGCCAAGAUGUUCCUUCAAGUGGAUAAAUCAUGGAAAGAAAUCAUGAGGAAAGUGAACCGGCUGCCUAAUGCUCUUCGAGCUUCUACUCAACCUGGACUUCUGGAAACUUUUCAAAACAAUAAUGCAUUACUUGACCAAAUUCAGAAGUGUCUAGAGGCCUAUUUAGAAUCCAAAAGAGUUAUCUUUCCAAGAUUUUACUUCUUGUCAAAUGAUGAACUUCUGGAAAUCUUGGCCCAGACACGAAAUCCACAGGCUGUUCAGCCUCACUUAAGGAAAUGCUUUGACUCCAUUUCAAGGCUUGAAUUUGCUCUCAUGCCUCCUGCUGAAGGAAGAAUUCCUAAUGUUGACGGAGAGCCAGAAAAGGUUUACACUAAUGAUAUCUUAGCGAUGCUGUCACCAGAGGGAGAAAGGGUUGGCUUGGGAAAAGGCCUCAAGGCUCGAGGCAAUGUGGAGGAAUGGCUUGGUAAAGUGGAAGAGGCCAUGUUCACAUCUCUGCGGCGCCUGAGCAAAGCUGCCAUUGCUGAUUAUCAGGGGAAACCAAGGACACAAUGGGUGGUGGCAGGCCACCCUUCUCAAGUUAUCCUGACAAUUUCUCAAAUUAUGUGGUGCCGUGAUUUGACUGAAUGUCUGGAAACAGAAGACAGCAAUCACAUAGAGGCCCUAGAAGCUUUUGAAACAGUAAAUUUCGAGAGAUUAAAUGCCCUGGCUACAGUAGUUCGAGGCAGUCUACCUAAAUUGCACAGAAAUAUCAUAACUGCAUUGAUCACUAUUGAUGUGCAUGCAAGAGAUAUAGUCACUGAGCUUGUUAACACGAAGGUAGACAAAGUUGAAUCCUUUGACUGGCAGAGACAACUGCGCUAUUAUUGGGAUGUAGACAUAGACAAUUGUGUGGCUAGAAUGGCACUAUCUCAGUACACUUAUGGCUAUGAAUAUUUGGGAGCAUGCCCAAGAUUGGUUAUUACUCCUCUCACGGAUCGCUGCUAUCUUUGCCUCAUGGGGGCUUUGCAGCUUGACCUAGGAGGUGCACCAGCUGGUCCUGCUGGCACUGGAAAAACAGAGACCACCAAAGACCUAGCAAAAGCUCUUGCCAUCCAGUGUGUGGUCUUUAACUGUUCUGAUGGUUUGGACUACAAGAUGAUGGGGCGCUUCUUUAGUGGUUUGGCCCAGUCAGGAGCCUGGUGCUGCUUCGAUGAAUUUAAUCGAAUAGACAUAGAAGUUUUGUCAGUGAUUGCACAGCAACUCAUCACCAUUAGGAAUGCCAAAGCCGCAAAACUCUCUAGAUUCAUGUUUGAGGGAAGAGAAAUAAAGUUGGUUAUGACUUGUGCAGCCUUCAUCACAAUGAAUCCUGGAUAUGCUGGCAGAACCGAGUUGCCAGAUAAUUUGAAGGCUCUAUUUAGACCAAUGGCAAUGAUGGUUCCAAAUUAUGCUUUGAUUGCAGAGGUAAUCCUAUAUUCUGAAGGAUUUGAAUCCAGUAAAACAUUAGCAAGAAAAAUGACCCAGAUGUAUAAGCUUUGCAGUGAACAGCUCUCUCAACAGGAUCACUAUGAUUUUGGCAUGAGAGCUGUGAAGUCUGUAUUGGUCAUGGCUGGGUCUUUAAAAAGAGAGAACCCAGACCUAAGCGAAGAUGUGGUUUUGAUAAGAGCUUUACGAGACUCCAACUUGCCAAAAUUUCUAACAGAUGAUGCUAUUCUGUUCAGUGGAAUCAUAUCCGAUCUUUUUCCUGGAGUCCAAAUUCCAGAACAUGACUAUGGUAUUUUGCAGUCAACAAUUGUGGAUGUCAUGAAUGGAAAAAACCUUCAGCCUGAAAUCUGUAUGGUUGAAAAAGUGAUACAGUUCUAUGAAACUAUGCUUGUGAGGCAUGGUGUUAUGUUAGUUGGGCCAACAGGAGGUGGCAAGACCACAGUUUACCAAAUACUAGCAGAAACUUUAGGGAAUUUACGAAAACUUGAUUUAGGCAAUCCUUUUUAUCAAGCAGUUAAAACGUAUGUUCUUAAUCCUAAAUCAAUCACCAUGGGUGAAUUAUAUGGUGAAGUUAAUAACAUAACCUUAGAAUGGAAAGAUGGUUUGAUGGCACUAAGUGUCCGAGCAGCUGUGAAUGAUACUUCAGAAGACCAUAAAUGGAUCAUCAGUGAUGGACCAGUGGAUGCUCUUUGGAUUGAAAACUUAAAUACAGUAUUGGAUGAUAACAAGAUGCUUUGCCUGGCUAACAGUGAAAGGAUUAAACUCACACCUCAGAUCCACAUGCUCUUUGAGGUGCAAGAUCUAAAGGUUGCCUCUCCUGCAACAGUCAGUCGAUGUGGAAUGGUGUUUGUGGAUCCCGAAGAACUAAAAUGGAUGCCUUAUGUUAAAACAUGGAUGAAGCGGGUUUCUAAAAAGCUGAAUGAGGAAGCCCAAGAAUAUAUAUUGAACCUUUUCCAACGUUAUGUUGAUGAAGGUUUACAUUUUAUCAACAAAAAGUGCACCCAAGCAAUCCCACAAGUGGACAUCAGCAAAGUUACUACCCUCUGUUGCUUAUUAGAGUCUUUGAUAUUGGGAAAAGAUGGAAUUAACUUGACAAUGGAACAAGUGAAAUUGAACACUGUGCUAUGCCAGACAUUUGUAUUCUGUUACUUAUGGUCUUUGGGUGGAAACCUAAAUGAAAAUCAUUGGGAUUCUUUUGAUACAUUUAUCAGAACACAAUUUGAUGAUAACCCUGAUGCCAGACUUCCGAGUUCUGGUGAUCUUUGGAGCAUUCAUGUGGACUUUGACACUAAACGGAUGGAUCCCUGGGAACGAAUUAUACCUACUUUCAAGUACAGCCGAGAUAUUCCGUUUUUUGAAAUGCUUGUCCCCACAACAGACACAGUGCGCUUUGGGUAUCUAAUGGAAAAACUACUUGCAGUCAAACAUUCAGUUUUGUUUACUGGAAUAACUGGAGUUGGCAAGACCGUUAUUGCCAAAGGAUUGCUAACUAGAAUUCAGGAAUCUGCUGGCUAUGUCCCUGUUUAUCUAAAUUUUUCUGCCCAAACUUCAUCUGCAAGGACACAAGAGAUCAUUGAAUCAAAACUGGAAAAAAAAAGAAAAAAAUAUUCUAGGGGCACCAGGAAAUAAGCAAGUUAUAAUUUUUGUUGACGACUUAAAUAUGCCUAGACUGGAUCGCUAUGGCUCUCAGCCUCCCAUUGAAUUACUUCGCCAGUAUCAAGAUUUUGGUGGAUUUUAUGACAGAAACAAACUCUUUUGGAAAGAUAUACAGGUUACUUUAGGUUUUAAAUCAUUACUUAAUGUGUUCAAAUUUAAAUGGCAAGGAAAUAUGUGGUACAUUAAUUUUAUGUAAUUGCCAUAACAGACCAUAGACUGGGUAGUAUAAACAACCUAUUUUCUCAUAAUUCUGAAGACUGGAAGUCCAAAGUCAAGGUAUCAGCAGGAUCAAUUUCUUCUGAAACCUCCAUCCUUAACUAGUAGAUGGCCAACUUCCCCCUGUGUCUUUCCAUGGGUAUAUUAAUUUGCUUUCUGUUGCUUAUAACAAUACCACAGAUUGGGUAAGUUCUAAAGAAAAGAGGUUUAUUUUGGCUCAUGGCUCUGAUUCAGAAGUAAGGGGCCAUAUCUAGUGAUGGCCUUCUUAAUGGCAGAGUUCUGGGACAAUGCAGGGCAUUGCUUUAGCAUGACACAGGGAAUACAUGUGUGUGUGUGUCAUCUCUCUUCCCCCUCUUCUUAUAAAGCCACAAAUAUUCAAUCAUGUGGGCUCCACCCUUUGACAUUAUCUGCUUUUAAUCACCUCCCAAAAGGCCCACAUCUAAACAUCAUAGUUAGAUUGAAUUUCUGCCCUCUUAAUUCCUUAUAGUGGGGGAAUACUUCCAACAUGAGUUUUGGUAGAAAAAGACAAUAUUCAAACCAUUUCAUUUCUUGUCUGGCCCCUGAAACUCAAGUCCUUCUUAUAUACACCAUACUAAUAAUUCAUUCCACCCAAAAAAUCCCAGAACCUUAAUUCAUUCCAGCAUUAAUCACAAGCCCAAAUUCUCAUCUGAGAUUCAAUGCAAACUGCUUCCAGCUGUGAGUCUGUAAAACCAAAGCUGUCUACAAAGGUGGGAUAGGCACACAGUAUACAUUUCCAUUCUGAAAGGAAGGAGUAAUCAGCCCAAAGCAAGUCUGAAACCUAGCCAGGGCUGGCAUUAAAUCUUACUGCUUCAAUUCUGGCAUCCUGUGUAUACCAUGGGGCUGCAAAGCCUCAGGAAGCCCCAGCUACACAAUUUGCUGGUUUUGUCCCACAUAGUUGCUUUCUUGGGCUGCAAGUUGAUGGCCACAGCUUACCUAAGCUGGUAUUGCACACUGCUCGUAGCUAGUCACUUCCUGGUGUCUCAGCUGAGGCUCUACUCCCAUGGCUUCAUUAAGCAUUGCUCCACUGGCAACUCUCUGUGGUGGCUCCCCUCACAGCACACUUCUGCCUGGCUUCCCUGAUUUUCUUUGACAUCUUGGUGGAAGCUGCCAUGACCCCAUCACUCUUUCAUUCUGUGCACAAGCACUGUGUGAAUGCUGCCAAGGUCUGCCAUGUGCUAAGCAGUGUCUAGGCCUACUUGAAUCAUAGCCACAGUCUCUGUGGGGUGCUUUUCUGGAAAACAAGGAACAUAAUCCUGUAGAGUCCCUGAGUAGCCCAUGAAUAGUACCCCGGGCUCCUACUUCAACCAAGUCUAGAAAGCUUCUAGGCCUGUGAUGGGAGAGGCAGCCCUGUAGACUUCUGAGAUGUUUUCUAGGCCUUUUUCUCAUCUCUUUUUUUUUAUUGGUUGUUCAAAACAUUACAAAGCUCAUGAUAUAUCAUCUUUCAUACAUUUGACUUAAUUGGGUUAUGAACUCCCAUUUUUACCCCAAAUACAAAUUGCAGAAUCACAUCGGUUACACACUCACAUUUUUACAUAAUGGCAUAUUA